AACAAAGUCUACUCUUCACGUUCUCUUGUAUAAAGUCUUCUCCUUAACGUCGACCCAUUGGUCAAUCGGUUCAUUUCGAUUCUAAGAAGAGCAUCUUCGGCUUCACCCACGAGAGUGAUUGAGAUGGAUGCUAGAGCUGUUCUACUUAUCGGCGAGCCAGACAAUUACGAUGGCGUUACCGUAACUAUGGAGGAACCAAUGGAUGCUGAGGUUUUCACCGCAAGGCUUAGGGCUUCGCUUUCGCAGUGGAGACAAGAGGGGAAAAGGGGGAUUUGGAUAAAGCUACCUCUUGGAUUGGCUAAUCUUGUAGAGCCUGCAGUUAGUGAAGGGUUUAGAUAUCACCACGCAGAGCCUGAGUACUUGAUGCUUGUGUCAUGGAUCUCUAACACCCCUGAUACAAUCCCCGCCAAUGCUUCUCAUAUUGUAGGUGUUGGUGCUUUGGUCCUCAACAAAAACACUAGAGAGGUCCUCGUUGUCCAGGAAAAGAGUGGUUAUUUCAAAGAUAAAAACGUGUGGAAGCUGCCUACUGGUGUUGUCAACGAGGGUGAGGAUAUAUGCACCGGAGUAGCUAGGGAAGUGGAAGAAGAAACUGGUAUUGUUGCAGAUUUUGUGGAAGUGUUGUCUUUCAGGCAAAGCCACAAAGCAUUCUUGAAACAGAAAACGGAUCUGUUCUUCUUGUGUGUCUUAAGUCCACGCGCCUACGAAAUCACUGAACAAAAAUCUGAGAUCUUGCAAGCUAAGUGGAUGCCGAUCAAAGAAUAUGUAGACCAGCCAUGGAACCAGAAGAAGGAAAUGUUCAAGAUCAUGGCUAACAUCUGUCAGAAGAAGUGUGAUGAAGACUAUGUGGGAUUCUCCACUGUGGAAACUAAAACAGGAACUGGUAAAAAGAGCUUUGUCUACUGCAAUGCUGAUCACGCUAAGAGCCUUAAUGCAACGCGUGGCCAAGCCUCCUCUUCUCUUUAAAUAACAUUCUGUUGCAUCUCCAGCAUUUUGUGUUUCUUCUAUCUUCUUCCAUUGUAUCAUUUGGCUUUGUCGUCUACUCUAUUUUCAGUUAUUACUUUCAAAAACA